CGUCCGAGUUCUGUACCUUCAGCGCCAUCUUGUUUUUUCAUCAAUCGCAACACUGCAGCAAUCCGUUUCCAUCCUCAGAAUUUUAAGCUUCUGAUUGCACAGAAGCCUUCUUUUUCAGUUAUCAGUGAUUGUUUUUUUAAUUCUAGCUAGUUAUUUUAUUAGAUUUUCUCAAUAUGGCAGAUUUAGACGACGUCCAGGAUCCCUUACUUGACACUGCUUUAGAUUCGACCAAAGACGAAGCAGACGAUUCUGUCUUGAGUGAAAUUGCCGUCAAUGAUACAAGUGUUGAUGAUGGUGUCGAAGACCCGGAACUGGAAGCAAUAAAAGCAAGAGUUAAAGAAAUGGAAGAGGAGGCUGAGAAACUAAAAGAAAUGCAGAAACAAGUUGAAAAAUCUAUAAUGAGUCCUCCGGCAGCCUCAGGUCCUAAAACAUUUGAAGAAAAAGCAGAGGUUGAUGCCCGAUCUGUUUAUGUUGGAAAUGUUGACUAUUCGGCAACAGCUGAGGAACUUGAGCAGCAUUUCCAUGGCUGUGGCUCUGUCAACAGGGUUACAAUCUUGUGUGACAAGUUCUCUGGACAUCCCAAAGGGUUUGCAUAUGUGGAAUUUUCCGAUAAAGACUCAGUCGAUAACGCUGUGUUAUUAUCAGACUCAUUGUUCAAAGGCAGACAAAUCAAGGUUGUACUCAAGAGAACCAACCGUCCCGGUGUGAGCAGCACAGACCGUGGGCGUGGUAGGGGUCGAGGGGGUAGGGGAUUCAGAGGGGGCUUCCACCAGCCCUAUAACCCAUAUGGUGGCUUUCCUAGAGGAAGAGGCAGAGGCGCUUACAGGGGCCGUGGUCGAGCUAGCUGGUACUCCCCAUACUAGAUCCUUGCGGUACUCCACAUAUGUAUAUAUCUUUCUUUCUCUCCACUGGCUCUCCUGAUGGUCGGUUGCUAGACCAGUAAGGAUUGAGCCUUGGGAGAAGGUAAAAAAAAUCAUGGUCGAUGAUGAGUGGGAUGAGAAAAAAAAAGGAAAAAUGAGAGAGCCACAAAAGAUUGUGCAUAGAAAAAGAUGAAGCAAUGCAGAAAAUGGAGUUGUGAGAAAAAAGAGGGAGUGGAAAAAAAAGAAGCUGAAAAAAGAAAAGAAACAAAAAGAAGAAAAAAGGAGAAAAUACUGUGAAAAGAACAACUGAGGGUAAUUCUACUUGUGUGGCUGUUGAACCAUGAAAAUCCUGGAACCAAUGAAAACACUAGCAAAAAGCUUAGUCUGACUUUUACACUAAUUAGUUUGUGACAAAUUCACGUUUUGCAUUUUAUUUGUAUUGGUAAAAUUUAUGACAUUCAAUAAAAUUGUUAUCUUUAA